AUGGCUGCUCCUGAAAAACCCAUCAUCUUCACCGAGCACCUUCAGCUCACGGCUCUGGGUAUCCAACCGGCAUCCAUAUCCUUCCAAACACUCACGCUCGAAUCGGACGCAUGGAUCUGUGUGAGAGAACAAAUAGAUACACCUCAGGUGGUCAUUGUCAAUCUGAAUGAUUCGAAUGAUAUUGUCAGACGACCAAUCACCGCCGACUCGGCGAUCAUGAACCCUCGAGCAGGAGAUAAGAUCCUAGCUUUGAAAGCCGGUCGACAACUGCAGGUGUUUAACUUAGGCAACAAAUCCAAGAUUGGUGCUCAUCUGAUGAAUGAAGAUGUCACUUUCUGGACAUGGAUUAAUGAUACUACAAUUGGUAUCGUUACUGAACGAGAGGUUUACCACUGGAAAGUAAUGGAUGGUCAAGCUGCUCCUACCAAGAUAUUCGACCGACAUGCAACACUUGCAGGCAACCAGAUUAUCAACUACCGGAUGUCCCAUGAUGAGAAAUGGUUAGUCGUAGUCGGAAUCUCCUCAAACCCAAAUGCAGGCCAACCAGGACAAAAUGGUUUCAAGAUCAAGGGAGCCAUGCAGCUAUACUCGGUUGAAAGAGGUGUAUCGCAACCUAUAGAAGGUCAUGCUGCUGCUUUCGCUACUGUCAGACAGGAAGGUGCAUCUCAAGAUUCAAAGUUGUUCUGUUUCGCUGUUAGACACGCUAAUGGUGCCAAGCUCCACAUUGUUGAAAUCGGUCACCAGGCACCCAACCCACCUUUCCAGAAGAAAGCCGUAGACGUCUUUUUCCCCACCGAAGCUACCAACGAUUUCCCAGUCGCGCUUCAGGUCUCACCCAAACAUGGUAUCCUCUACCUCGUCACCAAAUUCGGUUUCAUUCACCUCUACGAGAUUGAAACUGGUCAAUGUAUUUACAUGAACCGAAUCUCGGGCGAAACCAUCUUCACGACUGCUCAACAUGAGAGCACUUCAGGUAUCAUCGGUGUGAACAGGAAGGGUCAGGUUCUCAGUGUUAGCGUAGAUGAGGAAACCAUCGUGCCAUACAUCCAACAGGUGAUCAACUCCCCUGAACUCGCUAUCAAACUUGCUACUCGGGCUGGCCUUCCCGGUGCAGACCACAUCAUCCAACAGCAAUACCAGUUGUACAUCCAGAACGGUCAAUACUCCGAAGCUGCCAAGAUUGCUGCCAACUCUCCUCGAGGGCUUCUCAGAACUCCCCAAACUAUCGAGACAUUCAAGAAACUUCCUCAAGUACCUGGUAGUCUUUCACCAAUCCUGCAGUAUUUCGGUAUUCUGCUUGAGAAAGGAGAGUUGAACAAGUACGAAUCCCUCGAAUUGGCUAGGCCUGUAAUUCAGCAAGGGAAGAAACAGUUGCUGGAGAAAUGGCUUAAGGAGAGCAAGCUGGAGUGCAGUGAAGAACUGGGUGAUCUUUGUCGAAUGGCCGACAUGAACCUCGCUCUAUCCGUCUACCUCCGAGCCAACGUACCCAACAAGGUAGUCGCGGCUUUCGCUGAACUUGGUCAAUUCGAUAAGAUUGUUCUUUACUCAAAGAAAGUCAACUACACUCCCGAUUACGCUCAACUGCUUCAACAUCUCGUUAGGAUCAACCCAGACAAGGGAGCUGAAUUUGCUACUCAAAUCGUCAACGAUGAGAGUGGACCAUUGGUAGACCUGGACAGAAUUGUCGAUAUCUUCAUGUCUCAGAAUAUGCUUCAACAAGCUACCUCUAUCCUCUUAGAUGCUCUUAAGGACAACAAGCCUGAACAGGGACCUCUACAGACUAGAUUGCUUGAAAUGAACCUCGUCAGCGCCCCUCAAGUUGCCGAUGCCAUCCUCGGUAAUGAGAUGUUCACUCAUUACGAUAGACCUAGAAUAGCCAACUUGGCUGAGAAAGCUGGUCUUAUGCAAAGAGCGCUCGAACAUUACGAAGAUAUCAACGAUAUCAAACGGGUCGUCGUACAUACCCAGCUCUUCAACCAAGACACUAACAUCCGACAAAACCUUCAACUUGUCGUUCAAAUCGCUUCCAAGUACUCUGACUUGCUUGGUCCCGUCAAGUUGAUUGAGCUCUUCGAGCAAUACAAAUCAUCGGAAGGUCUCUACUACUACCUUGGCGCUGUGGUCAACCUCAGUGAAGACCCAGAAGUACACUUCAAGUACAUCCAAGCUGCUACCAGGACAGGUCAAAUUCGAGAAGUCGAGCGAAUGUGUCGAGAAAGUAACUUCUAUAACCCUGAAAAGGUCAAGAACUUCCUCAAAGAAGCCAGACUUUCUGACCAACUUCCCCUCAUCAUCGUCUGCGACCGAUUCGACUUUGUUCACGAUCUCGUUCUUUACCUUUAUCAAAACGGCCUUACCAAUUUCAUCGAGAUUUACGUCACCAGAGUCAACUCUGCUAGAACUCCUCAGGUUAUAGGUGGUCUUCUUGAUGUCGACUGCGAGGAACAAACUAUCAAGAACCUUCUCGCUUCCGUCACCGGUACCUUCCCCAUCGAUGAGUUAGUAGAAGAGGUAGAGAAAAGGAAUAGACUCAAACUCAUCCUUCCAUGGCUCAACACCAAGGUUGAGCAAGGAUCCACCGACCACUCAGUCUACAACGCUAUCGCUAAAAUCUCUAUCGACUCCAACAACAACCCUGAAGCCUUCCUCAAAGAAAACAAUUUUACGAUCCUGCGAUUGUCGGGCUUAUGUGAUGACGAGUUGAUCAACAUCACCAACGAAAACCAGAUGUACAAGCAUCAAGCUCGAUACCUCGUCAAGAGAAGAGAAAUCGAUCUCUGGACUCAAGUGCUUGAUCCUGAAAGUAUCCACCGACGAGCACUUGUGGAUCAAGUUAUCGCUACUGCUAUUCCUGAAUGUACCGAUCCCGACGAUGUUUCCGUCACCGUCAAAGCGUUCAUGCACAUGGAACUCCACGGACCGCUACUUGAACUGCUCGAGAAGAUCAUCAUUGAACCCUCCCCAUUCAGCGAUAACAAAUCUCUUCAAUCUCUCAUGUUCCUCACUGCCAUCAAGAACGAUAAGGGUAAAGUCAUGGGUUAUAUCAACAAGUUAUCGGGAUACGAUGUCGAUGCUAUCGCCAAGGUCGCUACUGAAGCUGGACUGUACGAAGAAGCCUUCACCAUUUACUCAAAGCACGAUAUGCACGCUGAGGCCAUGAACGUCUUGGUCGAACAUAUGGUAUCUAUCGAUCGAGGAUUCGCUUACGCCAACAAGAUCAACCAACCUGCCGUAUGGAGUCGAUUGGGUAAAGCUCAAUUGGAUGGUCUCAGAGUCAAAGAUGCCAUUGAUUCAUAUAUCAAGGCUGAAGAUCCAUCCAACUUCGCUGAGGUAAUUGAAAUCGCCAACAGAGCAGGCAAGCAUGAAGAUCUGGUCAGGUUCCUUCAAAUGGCUCGAAAGACAGCUAGAGAACCCAAGAUCGAUACUGAAUUAGCAUACGCCUACGCCAAGACAGAUCGAUUACAUGAUAUGAAGGAGUUCCUGGGAAUGACCAACGUAGCGGAUAUCCUUCAAGUUGGAGAGAAGUGUUUCGAAGAUGAGUUAUACCAAGCAUCGAAAUUGUUAUUCUCCUCGAUAUCGAAUUGGGCAAGAUUGGCCACUACUUUGAUUUACCUUGGGGAGAAUCAGGCUGCUGUAGAUGCUGCUAGGAAAGCUGGCAAUACCCAGGUCUGGAAACAGGUUAACGCUGCUUGUGUGGAUAAGAAGGAAUUCCGAUUGGCUCAAAUCUGUGGUCUUAACCUUAUUGUUCACGCCGAAGAAUUACCUGCCCUACUGUCGUUAUACGAAAGAAAUGGUUACUUCGAUGAGAUCAUCUCGUUGAUGGAAGGUGGUUUAGGGUUAGAACGAGCGCAUAUGGGAAUGUUCACUGAACUGAGUGUGUUAUACGCUAAAUACAGACCUGAGAAACUCAUGGAGCACCUCAAACUGUUCUGGCAACGAGUUAACAUUCCUAAAGUCAUCAAAUCUGCCGAGCAAGCUCAUUUGUGGCCAGAGCUUGUUUUCCUAUACAUCGUAUAUGACGAACCUGACAAUGCUGCUUUGGCUAUGAUGGAACGACUUGGUGAUUGGGAUCACGAUCAAUUCAAGAAGGUCGUCGUCAAGGUCGCGAACAUGGAGAUUGCAUAUAAAGCUGUAUCAUUCUACCUCGCUCGUCAACCUACUCUUUUACCCGAUCUUCUAGCCGCUUUAACACCUCGACUAGACCACGGUCGAGUAGUCAAGAUCCUCCAGACUGAAGAUCACCUACCUCUCGCCAAACCUUACCUCAUCGCUACGCAAAAACUCAACUUGGCUGUUGUCAAUGAAGCUUAUAACGACUUGUUGAUCGAAGAGGAAGAUCAUGUCACCCUUCGAAGCAGUUUAGAGACCCAUGAUCAAUAUGAUGCGAUCAAAUUGGCAAAGAGGCUUGAGAGUCAUGAGUUGCUGGAGUUCAGGAGGAUCGCUUCGCUGCUUUACAGGCUAAACGGAAUGUGGGAAGAAUCGCUUGGUCUCGCCAAAGCAGAUCGAUUAUGGCGAGAUGCUUUGGAAACCGCAGCAGCAAGCAAAGACAUCUCGGUAGCAGAGGAGUUAGCUGGUUACUUCGUCUCGAUCGGUAACAAGGAUGCUUUCGCUGCUAUACUUUAUGUAUGCUUCGAAUUGGUCCGACCAGAUUUCGUUGAAGAGAUGUCGUGGAGAUUCGGUUUGAGCGACUAUUCUAUGCCAUACAAGUUACAGCAACAACGUGAUCAAUCUACCAAGAUUGCCGCAUUGGAGAAGGAAGUAAAAGAGUUGAAAGCGAAGACGACAGAAAAGGAACCUGAGAACGAACCUUCUUUGAUGGGUAGUGGAUUAGGUCAGAGAUUGAUGAUUGGUGGACCAACCGGUGGUCCAUAUGGUGGUAUGCCAAACGGAGGUGGACUGAUGUCUCAAUCGACAGGAUUCUACUAA